AUGACUAGCUCCACCGACUACAAGUUCAUGGGAUGGCUAGGCCUCGACAGAGAUGCCGACAAUGGUAAAAUGGUCUGGCAAGAGUACGAACCCAAGGCUUGGGAAGAAACAGACGUCGACAUUCAAAUCACGCACAGCGACAUCUGCGGUUCGGACCUCCAUGUCCUCCGAAGUGGCUGGGGGCCGACGCCUUACCCAUGUUGCGUCGGUCACGAAAUCGUUAGGCGAGCUGUACGCGUAGGCAGCAAAGUUGAUGGUGGUACCAAGGUGGGCGAUCGAGUUGGUGUCGGCGCUCAAGCUGACUCUUGCUUGGGUCGUGUGCAAGGCCAGUGUGACGAAUGUGCGUCAGGAAAUGAACAUUUCUGCGCCAGGCACGUGGGCACAUAUGGAAGCUUCCAUCUGAACGGCGACAAAUCAUACGGUGGUUACGCAUUGUACAACCGCACUCCGUCCCACUUUGUCUUCAAGAUCCCAGACCAGAUUCCGUCCGCUUCAGCAGCGGUAAUGCUAUGCGCUGGUAUCACGACGUAUUCACCAUUGAAGUAUUUCGGAUGUGGACCAGGCAAGCGUGUCGGUGUCAUUGGCCUCGGUGGUCUGGGCCAGUUCGUCGUUCUGUGGGCAAAAGCAUUGGGCGCAGAGUCUGUUGUCGCCAUCUCCCGGAAGGAGAGCAAGAAGCAAGAUGCCAUCAAAAUGGGAGCAGACAGUUACAUUGCCACUGAUGACCAUCCAAAGUGGGACACCGAAUUUGCUGGCUCGUUUGACCUGCUCAUCUCAACCAUCUCUUCGUCAAAGAUGCCCGUUGCCGGCUACUUGGCUCUCUUGAGACGGGAUGGUACACUAGUUCAGGUUGGCAAUGCUGACGAUGGGUUGUCCUCCGUACCGGCGCCCGGCUUGAACAUCGGAAGGAAGAGGCUUGCUGGUUCAAUGAUCGGCGCACCAGGAGAAAUUCGAGAAAUGCUUCAGCUGGCGGCUACGAAGAAUGUAAAGCCGUGGGUGGAAGAGCGGCCAAUGAAGGAUGCAAAUCAGGCAAUAGUUGAUAUGGAGAAGGGUAAGGCGAGAUAUAGAUAUGUGUUAGUAAAUGAGGAUCCCUCACCGCACUCAUAA